CUGGACUCGACGUGACCCGGAAGAGAGGAGAGUCGGUGUGUGAGAGGAUUGUUUACAUUUUCUGCAGCCUGUUAAAAUGAAUCCUCCGAUGAUUAACUCGACCAGCUCCGUUUCGACGACCAAAAGAAAACGAGAGGCCGAGCGCUCGGUUAACUGGACCGUGGAGGAAACUCAGGUGCUGCUGUGCGCCUGGAGCGACGAGCGCAUCCAGAAGAGUUUGGCAGAAAACCUUCGCAACAGGCAUGUCUUCAAACACCUCUCAGCCCGCAUGAGCGAAAUGGGCUUCUCUCGGAGUCCACACCAGUGCCGGCUUCGGGUCAAAACUCUGAAGGCUAACUAUGUGAGAGCCAAACUGCAGAGGAGCGUUGACAGCUUGCAGCCUUGCACUUUUAAAUAUUUUGCAGAGAUGGACGCUGUGUUGGGCCGGAGGUCAGUGGCAGGGGAAGGAGGGCCCUAUUUUGUUUCUACAGAGCGGAUGUCAGAGCAUCACCUUGACUCCAUUGACAGGACAGGAAGUGACCCUCCAGAUUUAAAUUCUAAUACAGAGAUUAGUGGACAGCAUUUGGCCUCUUUGGGGAGGACAGGGAGACAACAUGUGAGCUCUGUGGAGGUGCGAGGAGGGCGUCUGCCGUGGCAGCUCGACACCGAAGUCAAAUUGGAGGACAGAGAUGAUUCAACAGAUGAGUUUGAGUUCAGCAGUACAGGAUUUCCACAGCGACAUCAUGAAGUUUAUCUGGAAUCAUCCAUCCAUCAUGAAAUGAGUGGUUCACUAGUGGAAAACAGCUUGAGCACUCCUUCCCCACAUGUAGUGCCACCUCCACUUCCACCUGCAGCUUCUCCUCCUCCUCCUCCUCCCCCUCCUCUCACCCAUCCUGCUGCCUUUCCUCUCCCUGCACCCCCAGAUCCAAACCCCAACACCCUCCCCACCUCUGGCCACCACCACCCUGAGUCCUCCUGCCUCAAGCACCUGUCGGACUGCUUCCAGCAGCUGGUGUCGGAGACCCGGGGCCUGCUGGUGCAGCUGGAGAGCCAGCGGCAGGAGCAGGCUCGCUGGCACCAGGAGCUCCUGGCUCAGUGGAUGCAGAGGGAGGAGCGCCGGCAGAGGGAGACGGCCGAGAGGGAGGAGAGGAGAGAGAAAGCUCGCAUGGAGCACGAGAUCAGAGUCCUGGAGCUCCUCACCAGUCUAGCCAGAGAACACAGGUGUAAAUGUGGAGGCAGCCAGACUGUAGCAGAGGCACCGACAGGUCCAAAUCAUACCAUGAACAAAGGUGGAAAUUAAGAUGCACCUGCACCAGGUGUUUUUACAGGGGACUGGUAUUCAAGCUCAGGUGGAACCAAAGAACAGCACUGAUGAUGCAGAAACAGCCACAUUCAGGGGAUUUAGGCCUCAGCCUUGAGUCAUACGGAGAGAGAUUUCAACCGAAUCAGUUUCAGGAAAAGACCCUCAAGAGUCUGUGAGUAUGAGAGAUGAUGAUUGUUGACUGACAACCAGAGGUCAGUCGUGCCCUAAAAUCUUAAAGGGCGGCUCCAUCUGCGUCCUUUAACAUGUGUUUGAAACAGAAACUCUAACUCAGGCCCUACCAAAAAGCAAUGACGUAGGUUACAGCGCUGAUGCCCUGCCCUCCUUCAACCCCCACAAAUGCUGACAGUGUAAGCGUGGAGUGUGAGGAAAGUGUUAGCUUGCAAGAUUUGAGUUUGGAGGAGACACAUGAUGACACAUUGAGGGUGCUUUCAGACGUACAGUUAUCUUGCUUUGGUCUGAAUCAGGGACUAAUGUUGUUCCAAAGUUGUAUAAUUGCCUAGAGUUGGUUCGUGUUCUCACGGCAGCAUUUACAAGCCGAUCAGAUCAAAUGCCUUGUGCGAGAAAGCUGCUCUUGAUUUUAGUAGGAGUACCACCACGAAAGCUAAGCAGCGCACUGCUUUGGACGUCACGUUAGUUUGGUUCCGAAAGACCCACAAUAAUACAGACAGACAGAAAGGCAGCAGAUAACCAGUAACUCCUUUUGUUAUGCGAGGAAAAUCUACAGUUUCUGGCAAAGUAGUCUGGUGGCUGUGGACAAGGGCAGUAGCAAACCAUAUUUUAGCCUCCUAAAAAUUACCUCACCUUAAAAAGAAUUCAAUUUCAGUCUAAGUAUAUGUUAUAUUUAGAGUAUUUUGACAGCUUUACCUUGCCAAGAGAGACAGGGAACUAAAGCUGUUAACUAUGCUCUGUUCAGAGCUACAAGACUCCUUUGACAGAUACAAUAAUUUUACCUCACAGCACACAGGAGUUGCAUCUCCCAGCUACCUUGAUAGUUUAGUUUGUGUUAUUGUGUGACUGUCAGAACCGAACUCGCGUAGCGUCCACAUCAGGGCAUGGGUUUAUAUAUACUGUAGCAGUAUUAGGGCUUAGGAAAACAGCAUUAUGGCGCUAAAACAUACAAGCUAGGACCAAAAUUAGAAUUUUUGGAUUUGAACACACGAGGAAUACUACUGAAAAGCUACAGAGUGACGUAAAAACAUCAAACAAACAAAUGGAGCCGCCCUUUAAAAGAAAGAAAUUGCAGUUGAGGUGUGAAGGAGAAUUUUGUUCUUUUCUCUGUUUGCUGUUACAGCUUUGAAGGGAUUUCUACAGUGUCCGUUAAUGGCACCAAAUGUAAAUCAACUGUUUCAUGCACUUUUACAUACAUUAAAAAAUAGACUUUGUCAACCA